ACCUUUUCAUCCUCUUCCCUCAUGUACGCUGCAGCUCGUUCCCUCCGCGCCGCCGUUGCUCGCACUGGCAACUAUGCUGGGAUCCCGCGGUCCUUAAUCGCGAGGAACAUGAACUCCAAAGUCACCGGCCCCGUUGUCGGUAUUGACCUGGGUACUACAAAUUCAUGUGUUGCCGUCAUGGAGGGGAAGCAGGCGCGUGUGAUUGAAAAUUCCGAAGGUGCCCGAACAACCCCGUCGGUAGUGGCCUUCACGAAACACGGGGAACGUCUCGUUGGUUUGCCUGCAAAGCGUCAAGCCGUUGUCAACCCAUCCAACACUGUCUUCGCAUUCAAGCGUUUGAUUGGUCGCAAAUUCAAGGAUGCGGAGGUCCAGGAGGAUAUAAAACACUGGGCGUUCAAGAUGGUCGAGAAACCAGAUGCUCGACCAGCUGUCGAGGUUGACGUCGGCGGCAAGAGGCAACAAUUCAGUGCCGAGGAGUUAUCGUCCAUGGUACUUACCAAGAUGCGUGAGACUGCCGAGCAGUAUCUCAACAAGAAAGUCAAUCAUGCGGUCAUUACGGUCCCUGCGUACUUUAACGAUGCGCAACGGCAGGCUACCAAGGAUGCUGGUCAAAUCGCUGGCCUCGAGGUUCUUCGAGUCAUCAAUGAGCCGACGGCUGCGGCACUGGCAUAUGGCCUUGACCGUGCCGAAUCAUCAGUGAUCGCCGUGUACGAUCUUGGUGGUGGUACUUUUGAUAUCUCCAUUCUGGAGAUGCACAAAGGAGUCUUCGAGGUCAAGUCCACUAAUGGAGACACCCACCUUGGUGGCGAGGACUUUGACAUCGCUCUUGUUACCCACAUCCUCAAUGAAUUCAAGAAGGAGUCGAGCAUUGACCUCAGUCAAGACCGCAUGGCCAUUCAGCGCAUUCGUGAGGCCGCCGAAAAGGCUAAGAUUGAACUAUCAUCCACAACGCAGACCGAAAUUAAUUUGCCGUUCAUCACCGCGGACGCAACUGGUCCAAAGCACAUCAACUUGAAGUUGAACCGCACCCAAUUUGAGACCCUUACCGGCCCUCUGAUCCAACGCACCGUUGAUCCCUGCAAGAAAGCGUUGUCCGAUGCUGGAGUCAAGUCUAGUGAGGUGAACGAAGUCAUCCUCGUUGGUGGUAUGACCCGUAUGCCCAAGGUCGGCGAGUCCGUGAAGUCCAUCUUCGGUCGUGACCCGAGUAAAGGUGUCAAUCCCGAUGAAGCCGUUGCUAUCGGUGCUGCUAUCCAGGGUGGUGUUCUUGCCGGAAAUGUCACCGAUAUUCUACUUCUCGACGUUACUCCACUCUCCCUCGGCAUUGAGACUCUCGGCGGUAUCAUGACAAAACUUAUCAACCGCAAUACGACCAUCCCAACGAAGAAGUCGCAAGUUUUCUCCACCGCUGCCGACGGCCAGACCGCCAUCGAGGUCAAGAUUUUCCAGGGUGAACGUGAACUCGUCAGGGACAACAAACUCCUUGGCAACUUCAAUCUCGUUGGUAUUCCUCCGGCCCCGAAGGGCGUCCCUCAAAUUGAGAUCACUUUCGACAUCGAUGCUGAUGGUAUCGUCCAUGUCACUGCCAAGGACAAGGCAACCAACAAGGACCAGUCUAUGACGAUUGCGUCCUCGUCAGGUCUGAGCGACAAGGACAUUGAGCGCAUGAUCUCCGACGCCGAGAAGUACGCCGAUGCGGAUAAGGCACGUCGGGAACUCAUUGAGGAGGCAAACAAGGGCGAGUCGGUCUGUGUCGACACAGAGAAGGCAAUGAACGAGUUCAAGGACCAACUCGAUGCUGCUGAGAGGGAGAAGGUGUCGAAACUCGUUGGCGAACUUCGUGAAUUGGCCUCGAAGGGACUCACCGGCGAUGCUUCUAUCACUGCCGAGCAAAUCAAGGAGAAGAUCGGCGAGACUCAACAGGCUUCGCUAGGCCUUUUCCAGAAGGUGUACGAGAAGCGUAGCGCAGAGAAUGCGUCCUCUACAGAGUCAACGCAAGGCUCUGAGGAGAAGAAGGAGUAAAUCACCUUCUGACACGCCCCGCACGCUCCUCCAUACACUCGGUUUUGGUUCAUUCGCCUUCCCCUCAUUUUGCAUCACGUCCACGAACACCCACGCGCAUCAUUUAGACUUAUGAAAAGUAUCCCCCAUCUAAGAGUACCUUAUUCACAUAUUUCUCAAUCCUGGCCUGCCAACGAGGUCCACUCGAGGUAGCUGGGCUUUCUCGCACCACAACUCACACCCCGCUCAGUGCCGUCCUUUUUAUGCUUUCCGCCUAUCAUAACAAAUAGGUACAUCUGCAAACGACUAGUUGUAAUACAUCCCCUUCAAAGAUGUCAGGAAUGCGUCCGUGCUAGCAAGUAAUACUACGUCCGAGAUGAG